GCUUUUCAGACAUCGUUUCUAACCCGUUCAACGACCGCCAGCAGCUCUCCUCGGCUCUUCUACCUUCCCACCCCCUUCAAUUGCUGUUGAGCCUCUCGGCUUUAUAUCUACCUUCCUCCCUUUGUAUCUUCUACACAUGCGAUAAUGCUGUCGCGAUCCACCAUCAGCCGAAAUGCGCCCCGUGCGCUUCACAAGCAGUGCUCUGCUGCCGGUGCCACCAGCCGUCGAGGCAUGGCAUCUGCCGCUACUCCUGGCCUCCAGUAUGAUGUCUCCGAGUCUGCUGGUGUGAAGGUCGCCAACAGAGAGGUUGCCGGUCCCACCGGCACCCUGGCCCUCGUUUCCAAGGCCGGUACUCGCUACCAGCCCUUCCCUGGCUUCUCCGAUGCUCUCGAACAGUUCGCUUUCAAGUCCACACUCAAACGCUCGGCGCUGCGGAUCAAUCGGGAGGUCGAACUGCUGGGCAGUGAGGUUUCCGCUACACACUCGCGUGAGAAUGUUGUCCUCAAGGCUAAGUUUCUCGCCAAUGACCUCCCUUACUUCGUCGAACUUUUGGCGGAGGUUGCUUCCCAGACCAAGUUCUCCGCCCACGAGUUGAGCGAGGUCAUCCUCAAGACCCUCAAGUACAGACAACAAGCUCUUGCCGCCAACCCCGAGGCUGUGGCUAUCGAUGCUGCUCACGCCGUGGCUUUCCACCGCGGUCUGGGUGAGAGCAUCUCCCCCUCGGUUACCACUGCUUUCGAGAAGUACCUCUCUGCUGAGGCCGUCGCGGAAUUCGCCCAGCAGGCGUUCGCUAAGUCCAACAUUGCCAUCGUCGGCAGUGGCCCCAACUCUGCGGAGGUUUCCAAGUGGGUUGGCCAGUUCUUCAAGGAGGCUCCCAGCGCUGGUAGCUCCUCCAAGUACCAGCUCCAGCAGAGCGCCGCCUCCCAGUACUACGGUGGCGAGCAGCGCAUCUCCUCCAAGGCUGGAAAUGCUGUCGUUGUGGCUUUCCCCGGCUCUGGCGCCUUCGGCACCUCUGCCUACAAGCCCGAGGCUUCCGUUCUCGCUGCCCUCCUUGGCGGUGAGUCCACUAUCAAGUGGACCCCCGGUUUCUCUCUUCUCGGCCAGGCCACCCAGGGCUUCUCCCACGUCCGUGCCUCGACCAAGAACCUCGCCUACUCGGAUGCCGGUCUAUUCACCAUUUCCCUCUCUGGCAAGGCCGAGCAGAUCAGCUCCGCUGGUAAGAGCGCCGUCGAUGUCCUGAAGAAGGCCGCUGCUGGCGAAUUUGCCAGCGAAGACGUCAAGAAGGCCGUUGCUCUGGCUAAAUUCCGUGCUCUUGAGUCCGCUCAGAACCUCGAGACUGGUCUCGAGGCUACUGGCUCCGCUCUCAUUAACGGCAGCAAGCCCUACCAGAUCUCCGAGGUCGCCCAGAGCAUUGACGCCGUCACCGAGGCCCAGGUUAAGGAGGUUGCCAAGUCCUUCCUGUCUGGCAAGGCUUCCGUUACCGCCGUUGGCGACCUCUUCCAGCUUCCCUACGCCCAGGACCUUGGCUUGACCGUUUAAUCAUGUAUACAACAAAUACAUCCUAGACUGGCUCUGCUUUUGGAGGAAAAGCGCGUCUUCCGUUUCCUUUCAUCUUGUGUCUAGAUCAACCCUUCCGCAGAUAUCUUGUUUUCCGUUUGGGAUGAUGUGGCUGUAGUGGUGUGCGUCUGUAAUACAAUUGUAUCUUAUUAUUACAUUGCGUGCCUUAUGCGGUGAGAUCUUGGCCCAGAUGAGUGUG